UUGUUUCUAGAACGCAUAGCUUUAAAUGCGGAACGUCACAAAGUUUGGUCAAUAUUACUGAAACAUCCUCCUUUCGUUCGAUGGAUUAAUCCAGUUCUCAGAACAGUGACAAAAUGGCGGGCGAUAUGUACUUGGAGAACUUGGAAGAGUUUAUUUUCGACGAAGACAGAGUGGUGACCUACCGAUGGUUGAGUCAAACCCUGUCAGUGCAUGUCAAUCAAGCUAAACAGAUGUUAGAAACAUUUGUCCAACGACAACAGAGUAAAGCAAAGUCACAGUCCGUCAGCGUUACCUACCUGUUGAGUGGUGUUCAGACAGCAGACAAUGGAGUCAACGUCAACAAAGUCGUGGUGGUCGCAGACAAGGAUUUGGAAAAGACAGAAGCGGCCAUGGCGCGGGUCCUCAGCAAGCACGUCUACAGCGUACAGAAAGCAACGCUGAAGGACUCAAACAGCCUCUAUGUGACUGACUAUCAGAUCAUCAAGGACAACAUACGACAGCCGAACAAAUUCAGUGCGAUCCAGUGCGCCGAGGCAAAGCCAAGAACGCCCCAGGAGCUUGCUGAUCUAGGAGAACGCUCAGCCUAUCCCGCCUCUGACACCAGCAGCCAGCGGCAACCGAAGAUGAAUGGCAGCGCGGAGAAGCACGUCGUGGAGAGCCUCAAGCCGGAUCCCCAGAGAGGCGCAGCGGGCAGGGCCAAGAAGGGCCAGAUUACGUCCUUCGGUGGUUUCGGCGCUGGGAGCAGUAAAGGCGCGACAGACAGACCCGACAGGAAGGAAGAAGCUGAGCCCACCAGAGUGAAGAAAGAGGAACCGAAACAACCCAGCGGUAAACCCAAAAGCGGCAUGAUGGCAUUCCUGAACCGACCCUCCACGGCCAAACCUAAGAAAGAGGAGAAAUCCCCACCCAGGGAAAUGACGACAAAAACAACGACAACACACAGAGCACAAGAAGUCCCGACAGCAUCAGGCGUACAUGACAAAGCACUAGCGGCUGAAAAGAACUUGAAGACUGGAGGCAAGGCUAAGAGAAAAGCUGCCAAGAUUGACGUGUCAGACUCGGAUUCUGGAGGAGAAAGACAGUCGACAAAACGUAGAAGGCGGAUCAUACAGCAAGAUGUCAGUAGUAGUAGCAGUGAAGAUGAGCUUAGCGACAUGGAAGACAGCCCCAUCCCGCCCACCCCUCCCCCACCCGUCGACAUGAACACCUCAGAUAACGAGGAAAGCGUCACCAACGGGUCCUCGCACGCACCCAGACCGAGCGAGAAGGAGGCAACCACGACUUCCCCGAGCAGUGGCAAAAGACGACGGAAGAAACGGGUGCUCCGGAACAAAACGACCAUAGAUGAAGAUGGUUGCAUGGUCACAGAAAAGGUGUAUGAAAGUGACUGGACAGACGUGAGCGAAGACGAAGCCCCGCCCACCAAAACCACACCCGCUCCUCCUCAACCCAGCCCUAAAGAGGGCGGGGCUAAGACGGGCGGCGGGGAGGAGGAGGGGGGCAAGAAGAAGAGCAAGACAUCUCCGGGGAGCGGGAAGGCGAAGCAGCGAUCGCUGAUGAGCUUCUUCAAGAAGAAAUGAGGGGGAAAGGGGCAGAGAUUCGGUAAAGUGGGAGGAAACAAGGAAGCUUAGCGGACAUCUUGACUGUGAGUAGCAAUGGCUCUUGUUUACACAAUGUGUACAUUUCACUCAAGAACCUUUGCACAACUUAGACCUUGCAGAUCCAGCUGUAUAUAUGCCUUAAUACUUUUGAGCAAUCAAGGGUAUAUUCUAGGCACAAACACAUGAAAAUCGCUGUUUUAUUCAGCAAUUUAGUAACUUUAUUUCAAUAUAAUAAAUAAAGAUUAUAAAAUGUGAUUUUUUUUUUCAGCUAUUGCUCAAAGUAUUAACUUAUGCUAAAUUCUGAGAUGGGAACUUCAAGCACCGAUAAUAUAUCAAUAUUACUCGAUUAUUUAAUAAAUAUUUUGAUAUUGAUAUGCCAAUCAAUGAAUCAUAUUGAAAUAUCGAAAUUUUCACAGAAUCUUGUGAAGGGAGUGCCUAUGGCAUUCUGGGUAACUUAUAAUGACCUUUGCAUGCAGCUAGCGCGUGCUACGUA